AUGGCUUUGGCUAGAGCUUUCACCAAGCGCAGUAAGCGCCCCGAGGUCUCGGCCCCGAUGCCAUACCGUGAAUCACAUAAACACGCUGGUCCGAUCAAUCGAGACAAGAUCUCGGCUCCCGUGGAGUUGUUGUCGACGACGAACAUGCUGGCUUACAAUGCGCCCGACAUCCAUUCGGCGACUUCGUCUUCUACCUCGUCAUUGCAGUCGCCCGACGAUUCGGAAAUGUCUUUCACGCAGCGCAGUUUUGGAUCGCUUCUGACUACCCCCGAUGAGUCGCCAAUUGAGCCAAACCCGCUGCCUUCCUAUUUCCCGAAGCGAUCUGCGACCGUGACGAGCCACCCUCGCUCCUCGACAUCGACCAACUCCUCUACGGAUGCGCCGCUGGUUCCCAAACGGGCGCUCUCCCACACAAAGCGGACCCACCAAGAGCUUGCUCGCCAGCGUUCCUUGUCCCGGCUAUCUCCACCUCCGUUGAACUCGUUGCGCAAUGCAUCUGCUGCACGUCAGACACAGGAUAGCUACAAGGCCGAGCCCCAUCCCUUCAGCAAGGAACUUGAGCAAGUGAACGAGGUGGUCGAGGAGUUCGGUGGCACCCGUAUACUCGACGACGAGGAGUUGAUUCUACGAGAUAAGGGAUUGAUGAAGUUCACCGCAGAUGACUACCUCGUGGAGAUCGAGGCCCUUUAUGGCAGCGUCUUUGAUGAUUAUCUUGGCCCGAUAGGUACGGGGGCCUGGCUCUGA